CUGGAUACGACGACCAAGGCACCCGAAGCAUUCCCAUCCCGCCAACCUCAAGUCCGCUUGCUGCUGAUUGAAAAAAACCAAAAAACCAAAAAAAAAGGACUUAGUUCCUGCGACAACACUGGCCUCCACACGGUCGCAAUUCUAGCCUUGCUUUCGAUGUUUUGAAAACGCUCUCCCUCACCUGCCCCAAUUUCCAUGCCACCGGGCCUCACCGGCCACGAGCGUCACGACCAUGGCAGCUCUUUCAGACCGCAUCUAUUUUCCACCACUUGACGAAUGCAUCUCCGGUGAAAAGCGUUUGCUCUCAUGGAGGCUUGUUGCGUCAUCUCUGACCGACACAGACACAAGUCGCCUGACCUCCAACGCUGUCUCGGGCUUCCUAAAAGACCCCUAUGUAGCAACACUCUUUAGAGAUCCAUCGCGGACGUUUGCGCCGCCGUCCCCCCAGACGAAAUCCGACUUCGAGACCAAGACGUCGCCGAUAAAUGCGACAACCCCCGCCGACGACUCUUGCGACUUGCAGACGAUAAAAAGCGACGCGCUCUGGCUAAGCAAGAACGCCGCCAUCAACGAGACGGCUGCGCUGCGUAUUGUUGUCGCUGAGGCUCAGUGUCGUCCGGAAAGUCAUCUCAAUGGCCCCUUAUCCUCCCAGGAUGUAGCCAACAUCAAGGAUAUUGUGGGCCAAAACGCCGCGCCAGGGGCCAGCGUCCUGUCGGCAAUUGCUGCUGCUAGCCCCGAUGAUGCUGAGACCAUAUGGACCGACUUCCAGGGGGAGAACGCACGGCGAACUCGCAUCCUGCACACAUACCUUGCGGAGCGCAGGCAUUUCGCCGUCGCAGCAGCCAGCACUGCUGCUCAGGUUCUGUCCGGCGAGGAUCCUUCAGACCAAUCUGAUCGAGAUGCCAUUCUGAGUGCUGGACCGACGUGGCUCAGCUAUCUGACCAGCUGUAUCAAGCGAUCGUUAGCCGGGCUGGAUGCCACUCUCGAGGGGGACAAAUAUAAGACGGACAAUUUGACAAUUGACUGGGGACGGACCUGUCUGGUCGAGGCUGCUCACGUUAUGAUGCUCAUCUUUCAGAUAACUGAUGCAACAUCAAGUCGCACUUUUGCCGCGCCUUCUUUUGUGGCAGAGUGGUUUACCUUUAUAACCGACUACGGAUUCCUGGACGCAUUAUCACCAGCAGAUGCUAGCGUGGGGGAGCUCGCCCUCCCGUUGAAGUGUCUUGUGUGUGCCAUCACAAUGUCUUUGCUCAACUUGCCUCGCUCUAUGGCCUUGCUUGACCAGGACCUCGAGCUUGGGGUAGAUGAGAACUCGUAUAUCCAAGACGCAGACAUAUUACUGCAGGUGCAUGGCACAAUGCAGAUAGCUGCGGAAAACGGACUGUACACCGCUGCUCCUGCUGUGUUCUCUUGGUCGCUUCUGCUCCAUCGCAUGUACGUGGCAUAUCAGGAACGCGCCGAGAGGCGAGAUUUGGCGCAGAACCAAAGGGCCCAGGCGGGAUUUGAGCUUGAGCACCAUCCCGUGGGAGCCACUGGGCGCCGGAACUCGACCGGUAGCAUCGUCUCGAUAGAAGCCCGGAGCUACGACCAGUUCCUGGUCAACACCUCCAUGUCUCAAGACAUUCAGGUAGCCGAGGCCCUUGCCCAGAGUGCCACCGCUCAAGGCUUUGUUUAUGAUGUCCUCUCGGAAUUCUCGCAGUGCUCAGGGGCAAACCCGGAGGCGGCCCUGCCUAGGGACGUUGGCGCCAAGAUACGUUGCUACUUCCUGGAACUACUCAAAUUCAGUUUCCCUCUUGUGGGCUACCAAUCCGAGCCCGUAACGACACUGCUUGCUGUACUUUCUGCCGGCGAUUCCGACCAAGAACGUCAGGUGCGCUCGGGUGAUUUACCGAAACCCGAACCACCAGUAGAAGCAGUCCUCGAGGAUCCCAUGCUCCUCGACGCUUAUGUCCUUCAGGCUUUCAACCGCUACCCCUACGAGUACGCUCCUUUCACCACUCUUUGCAAACUGUUGGCUGCUCGUGUUGGCGAGGAAGAAUCUUCCGGCGCUAUUCUCAAAUAUCUCCUCAAGACGCCAACAUUGACAUUUGUACUUCCUGAGAACUUUCAAGAGUAUCAGCUCAUUUUGGAAGAGGAAAACUCCAACGCAAUCCAGAUCCUGCAGGAAGUACCACUCAUCGAGCCGUCACCAACCUCUUGGAGACGCCAAGAACCCGAUGAUGAACCGUUUGAUAUUCCUGCGGGGUCACAGGGCCGCUUUAUCACAGACUCUGGCAGAGUUGUCUUGAUGGAGUAUGAGCAUUCGUCCUUGGCGUUGAUAGGGAAGCGCUUGGAAGUCUACUCUUCGCCAGAGUCAUAUCGCUCAGUGCUUGGGCCUUUGCAGCCGCAAGAAGCAGCAGAUGCUGUGUCACUACUCAAUGUUUUGAUUCAGCGGGAGAUGGCGAGCCAUGGGUCGGCAUCCGGUCUGGCAAUCCUACAAGAGACUAGCAGAUCUGUAGGCCGGACGAAGGAUGUUGUCAGCAUUGUAUGCGACAUUCUCGACCAUAGUAUCCAAGGAGAGAAAGUCAGCAACGAUUCCUCGGUCAUGGCCCUCCUUACCGCAUGUGUACGGUUCCUUGAUACAGUACUGCCGCUGUGUCCCGGUCGUGUGUGGUCUUAUAUGGCAAGAUGCGAGCUUCUCAAUACGGAAUCUCGCGCUGGAAGACUCUCGAGGAUAUUGGGCAAUCCAGAUCUCAACAACGACCGGUUUGAUUUCCUUCACACCGUCAUCGUCUUCCUGUCCGAACUUGUCGAGAAUGCAAUGCAGAGCUCCGUCCGCCGCAAGGUAACCAUCGCAAAACCCGGGGCGCUGCAGAAGCACGGCACUGUGAGUCUUUGGCAGGGGACGUCGGACAAAUUAUUGACGCAGGUGGCUGUCUCUAUUGCACAAACUGCGGUGGACAUUUUUGAGAACUCAUCGACAUGGCGAUAUGUAUCCGACCUGCACCCAAGCAUCAUUCUGCGCGAUCUUGUACCCGUCUUGAACAAGAUGUUGGUGUACACUUACAGCGUGGGCGAAGAAAAAGAGCGACUUACAGACUGUCUCGCUCCGGCCGCUGGAUAUGUUUUGGAGUGCUUCCUUUCAUCGUCAUCCGCUGCUCUCAAGUUUCAGCCGCUGUUGGGGACUUUCUUGUCAGCACGAUUGCUGCCAGAACCAACGAGGCUUUACCAGAAGGCGUCACAGACACUGGCUAGCACAACAGUUACCGUUCUUGAGUUUGUGACUUCAUUGAUCAAGACUGCAGCUUUCCUCGAGAAGCCAAGCACUCUGAUGGAGACGCAAUUGUUCAGAUCGACGCCUCUGCUUGCGCGUCUGUGUGGUGUAGGGAAUGCCUUCAGAACCCCGGUGACAAGUUUAAUGGAGAGCUUGGUAGCUAGUGCCGAGGGAUCGGCAAAGAGCGAGCCGCCUUCACUGCUCGGCUAUCUCGGAUCCCAGAUCGCAAGGUCACUACUGAAACUACUCGCUCAGCUUGACAAACCAUUCGACCGUACGGUUGAAAGUGCUCGAUUGUGGAGUUUCUUAUCCACAAUACUCCGUAGUCGGCAACCUUGGAUGGCGAACUGUCUAUUGACGGGCAACGUACCGCGCGAUGCAGUCAGGGGCGAAGGAAAGUCGGGCAAGUCAUCAAAACUGUCCCCAACAUCUGUCCUUGUUGCAGCUAGGAUUAGGCUACAACACAUCUCGUCUAUUCCUAGUGCAGAGGCACUCGCAAUUCUGGAGUUCUUCACUGUGGCACAAAACCACUGGCCAUGGACCAUUUUCGCAACCAGAGGAGAUGGCGACCAUCUACAGCACCUCCGCAAGUAUGUUCGCGAUCUCAAGCCUGCUUCACUCACGGCCAAGACCAAUCCCGAAGAAGCAGCCAACCAAGCCAGGAUUGCAGCUUACAUCGCAGAGAUGUUCGCCAUGCAUCUUUACCACCUUCGGCAGAUGGGCCAGGACAUGGCGUUUGCUACUGAGUUGCUACAAGACCUGGAUUACUUCCUACGGGAUGGGGUUCAACUUUCUGGAUACAACGCCUCGCUGCACGCCAACUUUACAAAAAACUUCGCCAGCCGUUACUCUGGCAUCUCACUUGGAUCCUUCAAGCGCACCACCUUCGCACCUCGUGAACUUGGCAAGCAGUUCUACUAUGCUCUGGACUUGGCGGAGAGGAUGUUAGACUUUGACCCUGGCUGGGUAGGACCACGGGAUACGGGCUUUAGGAGCGAGAUGGAGACGGCCAACCUGAAUCUUUCUUUGGUCGAUGGCCAGAUCGCUCUUUUCCAUGCCUGGGAGUUCCUAUUACUCGAACUUAGCGUUUGUCUCCUCCCCAAAAACCAAUCAAUUGCCGUCAUGAUGGCACAAGUGGCGGAGCAGUGUACCGAGGCAAGCCACGCGCCAAAAGGCCCCGAAAAGAUCUUUGUCAGUCUGAGUAGAGCGCAGGCAAACCUUGCCCUCACUCUUAUACAGCGGCUGGCGGACGCCACGCCUUCACCAAAGAGUUCAUCGAAAAUGGUUGGAAUAUUAUGGACAGCAUUGAGCAGCGUAGAAGAUCGAUUCGGACCUGACCAGAUCGAGUACUACCGCACUCUGCUCAAGAUCCUUUACAUAGUCUUGCGUGGUUGUCGACAGAUGGAACCGUCUGUAUCCACGGUGCAGACAAUCCUCAACAUUCUCGAUCGCAUUGUAGCACAAGGAUUCCGAGCCCUAGUGACGCUUAUCCACGAUCCCGAGACAAAAGUUGCACCAGCGGACGUAGCCUUGCUGACAGCCAUCCUUCAGGCAUGUCUCGCCAUCCCCAGCGUGGACGAGUGUGGGACACAAAUCCUCAACAUGAUGGCCUCACAAGACGUCCUCCAUGUCGCCAUGUCACUCUUCUCAUGGGCGGACAGGCUUGCCGAGGACGGCGAUCCCAUAUACGGAGAGCUUAGCUUGCUCUUCCUCCUGGAGCUGUCAACAGUACCUGCGGUCGCGGAGCAGCUUGCCCUGGACGGGCUACUGGGCCAUCUCACCUCAGCAAGGCUCGCCAACUCGAUGAGGCGGCCCAACGUGUCGCCGUUCGCCAACACGGCCGGGGCCCAGCGCUGCUAUAGUAUCUGGACCAAGGCGGUCUUGCCCCUGAUGAUCAACAUUCUCAGCGCACUUGGGUCAACCAUUGCGCCCGAGGUAGCUUUUGUGCUCUCUUGGUUCUCGGGACUGCUGGACGCCAGCGUUCAGCGCUGGGAGGCCCCAGGGUUGAGCCGCACGUCGACCAGGGGCGCGCCACGGCAUGUUACCCUGCUGGCGGUGUCUGAAAUCCAUUCCCUGGCGCUGCUGACUAAGGUGCUCGAGGCGCUGCGGCAGAACAACAACCGCGACAUAGCCGAGGUGCAAUGGGACGGCUCCACGCUGCUGGAGAACAUAGAGUUUUGGCUCUCGCGGCCGAAGCUGCUGCGCGAGUCCCUCGUCCCACUCGGGAGUCGCGAGGUCGAGUGGAGGGCGACCAAGGUCGUCGGUCCGGAUGCCGAUAAGGUGGAGAGCAAGUUGGAGGAGAAGGUGGUUUCGCUGAUGGAGUCGGUCAAGACUAUACUGAGUGACGAAAUGGACUAGUGAUAGGCUAGUAGUGUAUAAUGAAUAUAAGCUCUUGACCAAGAGCCAACGGUUACAUGUCCCUGUGUUUGCUGCCAUGACCACCAAUGCAG